UGGGAAGCGAUGUUGCAUGUCCCAUCAGACUCCAGGGGGAGGACGCAGAGCAAUAGGAGUUAGGAACCCUUCCUGGAGGUCAGCUAAAGCUGGAAUGAGUCAUGAGGUAGUUAUAGCAACCCCAUCAGAGAUGAGGAAGGUGAGACAAGAUGGCUGUGGAUGGUAGUUAAGGGAAACCUUGGCCUACUGAAAGAUGCUUUCUCCCUCACUGGUUUGUAAUCUCCAGAGCGAUGGGGCUUCUGUGGUUUCCCUUAGCAGGCUAAGUUCCAGUCCAAAUAGAUCCUGCUGUACCUUUGCCAGGACUCACAAUGGAUGCCUAUGGAACACAUGCAUCCGACGAAGGGAAGGAAGAGUGGGAUUGUAAAGCCCCACCCUGCGGAAGUGCUGCCAUCUCGGCUUUGGAAUGAGGGGACAGAUGUGACCAGCAGUGGCCGCAAUGAGAGCAAUAGCCACCGGGUGGCGCCUCACCUGCUGAUAAAAAUGAUCAACAAGUUCCGAUGGAAGGUGAUCUUAGGGCUGGCGUUCUUUCUGGUGAUGGCCUGGUACUAUAUAUCCCGCGAAGAAAGGUACAUACACCUUUUUUCUUUCCCCGUGCAAGAUGUCCGAAUGGCGUGUCCCCAAGGAGAGAUGGAAAAGAAAGUCACGCUGCUCAUAGGAAAUUACACACGGGAUCAUCCAAUGUUUUUACACCUAAACGAUUACUUUUGGGUGAAGAACCGGUCGCCAUAUGAGCUGCCAUAUGGGACUAAAGGAAGCGAAGACAUUCUCCUCCGGGUGUUAGCGAUCACCAGCUACUCAGUGCCCGAAAGCAUCCAAAGCAUGAAGUGCCGAAGAUGUGGUGUGGGGAAUGGACACCGGCUCCGAAACAGCUCCAUGGGGGAAGCAAACAAAUAUGACGUGGUGAUCAGGUUGAACAACGCGCCAGUUCAUGGGUACGAGGCGGACGUGGGCUCCAAAACCACCAUGCGCCUGUUUUACCCAGAGUCCGCGCACUUCGACCCCAGACGGGAAAACAACCCGGAUACUCUGCUGGUGCUGGUGCCAUUUAAACCCAUGGAUUUCCAGUGGCUGGAGAUGAUCCUCAAUGACAAGAAGCGAAUUCGCAAGGGGUUCUGGAAGCAGCCCCCUUUAAUCUGGGACGCCAAUCCCGAGCAAGUGCGGAUUCUGAACCCUUACUUUAUGGAAAUUACUGCUGCUAAAUUGCUUAAUCUUUCCAUGAAGCAACCGCGGAAGAUUAAACAGAAACCAACGACGGGAUUAUUAGCCAUCACCUUGGCAUUGCACUUCUGUGACCUGGUACAUAUCGCAGGCUUUGGAUACCCUAAUUCUGCCAAUAAGAAACAGAGUAUACACUACUAUGAGCAAAUCACACUCAAGUCAAUGGCCGCGUCGGAGCACAAUGUCUCGCAUGAGGCAUUAGCAAUAAAAAGGAUGCUUGAAUUAGGUGUCGUCAAGAACCUUACGCACUUCUGAUGGGACGUGGACUAGAAUUUCCCUGAAUUGCCAUGGCCUCCACCUUGGCUGCCUGUCACCCAGCAUGUCCCAGCAUCCACCGGGCCGGAGACACCACUGCUUCGCCGCAGGGCCCCAAGUGCGCUCCCUGCUCGUGGUGGGGGCUGGCUGCUGGGGACAGCGCUGGUCCUGGAGAAAGUAGACAGAGGGGAGAGGGCUACGGAGUCCUGCUCGGCCAGACUGAGGUGGCUUUCGGCCACGUCGUGUCAAGGCUCAGAAGCAGAGCAUCUGAAAUCCUUCCAGUCGUGGGGUGGCUGGAUCCCUUUGUGGCCAAGCCAACGCUGACUUGCCGGCCUUCAGGGCGUUGCAGAGGGUGCCCCCCGUGGGAGGGGCCCUUGUGGCUUGCUGCUGCGCCCAUCUCUUUGGCCUGUCUGCUCCACAUAGGGGACAGGGGUUGUUUGGCACACUCUUGAACUGAACCCUGGACAGCGGAAGAAUUGUCAACUUCUCGCCAGAUCGGUUUGCUCUCAGUCUGAAUGAGGCAGCGGGACUGGUUUGACACCCCCCCCCCCCAUUACCCCUUCCCGGGGUGGGGCUGGCUCUGGGGGUGCGGCACAUGGGAAUGCUGCUGUAGAUGGAAGCUGUAAUGGUGUCCUUUUUUAAACAUUUAUGGGGGGGGAGGGGUACCAUGCAGUAUUUUGCUGAUGGGGUUUAGACCGACCCCCCCCCCACGCCCCCAGUACUGCUUCCCAGUGGGAAUAGGGAGCUGGCGAUCAAAGUGGGGGCAGAGAGGCAGAGUGGUGGGAGAAUUAAAUUAUUCUUGACUGACAGAGCACAGCUGCCUCCCCCCCCCCCCCGCUGCAAUGAAGGGGAGGACUUUGAAUUCUGUUCUGUAAGAUGGCCUAGCAUUGGGGAGCUAAGGUUUGGAGGAGGAAUCGUGGUCGCUCCAGGAAUGAGCUGCCCCCAGGGCCGCCUCCGCUGUGGGGCAGAGAUUGGUCCGGGGAUGCCCUCUGCUCGGCCGCACUCAAGGAACUGAAGUGGGAAUAAAUAGGGUUUUCUUUUCCUUUUUUAAAAACUUUUGAUCAAAGUCUGUUUUGUCGUCCCCCCCCCCUUCAAUUGCAAGUGCAUUUCUUGCAGGGAAGAGGGGCCAGACUGACAACCUGGGGAUUGCAGCCCUCAGUUUAUCCAUAAAACAGGUACCACCAUGGGUGGUGAGUGAACAACCCCUUCAGAGAGGCUAGGCCCCAGCCCCGCCUCUUCCUCCCGAGGCCUCCCCCUGCUCCCCUUCCCCACUCCUCACCUACUAGAGCCCCAAGCGUGCCUCACCACCAACCACAGCCGGAAGAGCCUCAGCCGCACCGCCCUGACCCACCAGCCCGAGCUGAGCCCCUGGCAGCUUCAGGGAGAGGGGAAGCCCCGUCCAGGGGGCAGCUCGUGGGCAAGGUCACGGCCUGCGUUAGGGGAGGCUUAGCCUCCCCUGGUUUAUGACACCCACCACCCAUUGGGUACCAGACAGGCUCCCAGCCAACGUGUCUUGGCCCUAAACUUGCAGGGCUGAGAUGGGAGGUGAGUCUCCAUAGCCCGCCCUGCAAGCCGUCUCCUCUCCGCUGAGACUCCCAGCCUUCGGGCUCUGGGCACACGUUCCCUGGGAGCCGGUCCUUGAGAUCCUGAAGCGGGGCUGGGGGCAUGCAUGCUGCUAAAGCCCAGAUCUCUCACUGGGGUGGGAGAAUAGGGGGAAAGGUUCUUCUUCAAGGUGCUGACCCAAAGGGGCUUGGACUCGGUGGGACAGAGCAGAAAUGUCUCUCCUGAGCAGGCAGUGCUGUGGCUCAAUGCUAGUUAAUUUAACUAAUUUAAAUGAUUAUUUAUCUGAGACGCAUCGGUGUUUGUUGCAGAACGAGUGUAAUGUUGUUUCCAUUGAAUUGCCCUGUGGGGCAGUUAAGGAGCAGUGGGUUGAAACUGUAUCAUCCUUCUGCUUUGCCUGAAGGGGGAGUGACCUUUGGGGAUACUCCCUCCUAACCCAGCUCCAAUGCAGGGCAAGUACUCAGCCCCUUCUUAUCCUCCAUAGUGGCCCAGGCUUGGGGUAGCAGCUUUGUGUCCCAGGUGUCUGUAGGGCUUUGACUUCAUCACUAAGCAUCUAACCCCACUGACGGACUCCCGUUGACUUAGUGAGUGCUGGAUCGGGGCCCAAAGCUCUUUGUACCACUGCACCCCUUCUCCCUUGUAGCACAGUCAGGCAUGUGUAACAUAGCUGGUACCACUAGGGGGCAUGGCUAGGGAAUGAAGGGGUGUGUGUGUGUGUGUGUGUUGUGUCCAUCCUUGCUGGAGGUGUGUGUUUGUCUGCCCAUCCCUGCUGCCCCCUGUUGGACAGGUGUGUGUGUGUGUCCAUCCCUGCCCCCUCUGCUGAAGGGGUGUGUGUGUG